ACUCCAAGGCUUUGCCUAGGGGAACAAGUGAUUCAAAAGUCGUUAGCACGAGCGCAUUAUCAGUGUAUCUUGGCUAUCCGUCGCGGACGGAAGCUUAACUUUUAUGUUUUGAGGGAAUUCAAUAAUUAUUUUCGAAGGAGCGCAUCGGCGUGGUCAAUCGUUUGAUUUUAAAAGAAUAAUGUCGAUGAUCCGAAACUUUUUUCGUCGGCGUACCUUUUUGGUUGUUAUAGUGACGCUUUGCCUGUGCCUUUUCACAUUUUCGUAUUUGACCUACGUCCCGCCAAACAUCAACAAUCUACAGCUACCUUCAGCCGCUGUCAAUGUAGACUCCUCGACAACUGCCGACAAUUUAGUCUCCUCGACAAUCGCUGGAUCGUUGAUGGAAAACGUUACUAGUCAAGUUCAUCCAAAAUCCGUGAAAAACCACAACAAACAUGUGAGCCAUCCUUGGCGAGACGAUCCAGUCUGCAAAAAUUUCACUGUCCAGUUGGCUGAGAGAGAUAGUCUUCCGAAAUGGGCUUUGACUUCUUUUCCGGGAAGUGGAGUCACCUGGACCAGACAGAUGAUUGAAGGUAUCACCGGUAUUUACACAGGCUCGGUUCAUGAGCAGGAUCCAUCUCCGGUUCAAGUGGAAGGCCUAGAAAUUGAUCUACUCGGCAUUACCGACGACCCGUUUUGUGGGUGUACAAUCAUCGAUAAAGACCACGAAGCGACAAUCACAGUCAAAGGAUUAGAAGAUUAUUUCCGAUUACUUCAUCUGGAGGGCUAUUCGGAAAUAUUUCGUAAGGAUUACGGGUACCGAGGCGUUCUUCUCCUGCGAAAUCCAAUGGAUGUCGUGUUCACAUAUCGUCAUUGGCAAUUGGCCGGCAAAGUGGGAAAGGCACCCCUGGAAAGCUUCCAGGGGCCGCAAUGGCACAAAGUCGUAGAAUUUGUGGCCUAUGCUUGGGCGGACCACGCCAUACGCUGGAUUGAGCAGAUCGAGAAGGGGACCGUCAUUUUCUACGAGAAAUUACUCGGCCAGAAUGCAUCGAUUGAGUUGGAACGACUGUUGGACGCCAUGGACUUCAAGCCGCGACCGGUUGAUCCGUCCCGGAUGCGCUGCACUUUGGAUCAUAGAGAUCGAACUGAUCACAAGCGGCUCAACAAAAGCUGGAUGCCAUUAGAAGAAGGACAAAGGUUAUUGUUUAUGCAAUCAAUCCACCGAGUCCAACAAAGCCUGCGACGGCGACAUUGGCCACAACUUCCUGUCCAUUUGUACGAUCUCCAUGACCUUGAUAACAAAACCCGUAGUUAAUGCGCACAGAAGUUCUGUUUAACGGGAUGUCGCACAUUUUUUGUACCAAGAUCACUUGGAGCAUUCAACACACCUGAAUCACGUAAGUUUUCAGGUGUGUGAGCAUAAUUGUAUAUACUUUCGGGUCGCAACCGUAUCGCAUCAAUCAAAAGAUACGGAACGUAUAAAUUCGGAGACCUAUAAUUACGGCACGAAUGCCCGAGGCUUUUUCUUGUAUGAUUGCAAGUUGAUUUAAGGUGAUUAAAAUUUACUCAAGAGCUCAUUCGGUUUAAAUAAAAUAUCCUUCAAAAAAUAACGUUAAAU